GCCGAGAGCUGGGGCGCCUGUGGCUCCGGGCAGGGGCCGAGGUCGAAAGAUGCCGGUCCGCAGGGGCCACGUCGCUCCCCAAAACACUUACCUGGACACCAUCAUCCGCAAGUUCGAGGGCCAGAGUCGUAAGUUCCUGAUCGCCAAUGCUCAGAUGGAGAACUGCGCCAUCAUUUACUGCAAUGACGGCUUCUGCGAACUCUUUGGCUACUCCCGAGUGGAGGUGAUGCAGCAACCCUGCACCUGCGACUUCCUCACAGGUCCCAACACGCCGAGCAGCGCUGUGUCCCGCCUGGCGCAGGCCCUGCUGGGGGCUGAGGAGUGCAAGGUGGACAUCCUCUACUACCGAAAAGAUGCCUCCAGCUUCCGCUGCCUGGUGGACGUGGUGCCUGUGAAGAACGAGGACGGGGGUGUCAUCAUGUUCAUCCUCAACUUCGAGGACCUGGCCGAGCUCCUGGCCAAGCGCAGCAGCCGCAGCUUGUCCCAGCGCCUGUUGUCCCAGAGCUUCCUGGGCUCCGAGGGCUCUCACAGCAGGCCAGGCGGACCAGGACCAGGCACAGGCAGGGGCAAGUACAGGACCAUCAGCCAGAUCCCGCAGUUCACGCUCAACUUCGUGGAGUUCAACCUGGAGAAGCACCGCUCCAGCUCGACCACAGAGAUUGAGAUCAUUGCGCCCCACAAGGUGGUGGAGCGGACACAGAAUGUCACUGAAAAGGUCACCCAGGUCCUGUCCUUGGGUGCGGAUGUGCUGCCCGAGUACAAGCUGCAGGCGCCGCGCAUCCACCGCUGGACCAUCCUGCACUACAGCCCCUUCAAGGCCGUGUGGGACUGGCUCAUCCUACUGCUAGUCAUCUACACAGCCGUCUUCACGCCCUACUCAGCCGCCUUCCUGCUCAGCGACCAGGAUGAGUCACAGCGUGGGGCCUGUGGCUAUACCUGCAGUCCCCUCACCAUGGUGGAUCUCAUUGUGGACAUCAUGUUCGUUGUGGACAUCGUCAUCAACUUCCGUACCACCUACGUCAACAACAACGAUGAGGUGGUCAGCCACCCCCGCCGCAUCGCCAUCCAUUACUUCAAGGGCUGGUUCCUUAUUGACAUGGUGGCCGCCAUCCCUUUUGACCUCCUUAUCUUCCGCACCGGCUCUGAUGAGACCACGACCCUGAUUGGGCUACUGAAGACAGCACGGCUGCUGCGGCUGGUGCGCGUGGCACGGAAGCUGGACCGCUACUCUGAGUAUGGGGCAGCUGUGCUCUUCUUGCUCAUGUGUACCUUCGCACUCAUCGCGCACUGGCUGGCCUGCAUCUGGUAUGCCAUUGGCAACGUGGAGCGGCCCUACCUGGAACACAAGAUCGGCUGGCUGGACAGCCUGGGUGUGCAGCUUGGCAAGCACUACAACAGCAGUGACCCAGCCUCAGGCCCCUCGGUGCAGGACAAGUAUGUCACAGCCCUCUACUUCACCUUCAGCAGCCUCACCAGCGUGGGCUUUGGCAACGUCUCACCCAACACCAACUCCGAGAAGGUCUUCUCCAUCUGCAUCAUGCUCAUCGGCUCCCUGAUGUACGCCAGCAUCUUCGGGAAUGUGUCGGCGAUCAUCCAGCGCCUGUAUUCGGGCACCGCGCGCUACCACACGCAGAUGCUGCGGGUCAAGGAAUUCAUCCGCUUCCACCAGAUCCCCAACCCGCUGCGCCAGCGCCUGGAGGAGUACUUCCAGCACGCCUGGUCCUACACCAACGGCAUUGACAUGAACGCGGUGCUGAAGGGCUUCCCCGAGUGCCUGCAGGCCGACAUCUGCCUGCACUUGCACCGCGCGCUGCUGCAGCACUGCCCGGCUUUCAGCGGUGCCAGCAAGGGCUGCCUGCGCGCCCUAGCUGUCAAGUUCAAGACCACGCACGCGCCACCUGGGGACACGCUGGUGCACCUCGGCGACGUGCUCUCCACGCUCUACUUCAUCUCCCGAGGCUCCAUAGAGAUCCUGCGCGACGACGUGGUCGUGGCCAUCCUAGGCAAGAAUGACAUCUUUGGGGAGCCUGUCAGCCUCCAUGCCCGGCCGGGCAAGUCCAGUGCAGACGUGCGGGCUCUGACCUACUGCGACCUGCACAAGAUCCAGCGGGCAGACCUGCUAGAGGUGAUGGACAUGUACCCGGCCUUUGCGGACAGCUUCUGGAGUAAGCUGGAGGUCACCUUCAACCUGCGGGAAGCAGCUGGGGGUCUCCAUUCAUCCCCGCAACAGGCUCCAGGCAACCAAGACCACCAGAGUUUCUUCCUCAAAGACAACCAGUCAGAUGGAGCCCCUCCCCUGAGCAUCUCAGAUGCAUCUGCCUUCUGGCCUGAGCUGUUGCAGCAAAUGCCCCCAAGGCAUAGUGCUCCAGGCCCUCAGGGAGACCCACAGUGCUGGCCUCUGAAGCUGGGCUCCAGGCUAGAGCAGCUCCAGGCCCAGAUGAACAGGCUGGAGUCCCGCUUGUCUUCAGACCUCAGCCGCAUCUUACAGCUCCUCCAGCAGCCCAUGCCCCAGGGCCAUGUCAGCUACAUUCUGGAAGCCUCUGCCUCCAAUGACCUGGCCUUGUUUCCUAUCACCUCAGAGACUCAGAGUCCAGGGCACAGGCUGCCCCAGGGCUUUCUGCCUUCUACACAGACCCUGAGCUGUGGAGACUUGGAUGACUGUAGUCCAAAGCACAGGAACUCCUUCCCCGGGAUGCCUCACCUGGCUGUGGCAACAGACAAAAGUCUGGCACCAUCCUCUGAACAGGAACAGCCUGAGGGGCUCUGGCCACCCCUGGCCUCACCUCUGCAUCCCCUGGAAGUACAGGGACUCAUCCGUGGUCCCCGCUUCUCCUCCCUUCCUGAACAGCUUGGCUCUGUUUCCAAGCAGCUGGAGUUCCAGAGACAUGGUUCAGAUCCUGGAUUUGCAGGGAGUUGGGGCCACUGAACUCCAAAAUAAAGACACCAUGAGGGUAUUGAAGGUGGGCAAGGUGAGAGUUAAGGAUCUUGGGGAGGCAGACAGCCUCCCAGAUGGGCUUCUCCUAGAGUAGCUACAACUGCUGAUCCAGGUGACCAGGAUGGCAUGGGUGAAGAGGCUCAGGAUUUUUCCCAGCCUCCUCCGGGGCUCCAUUUAGGCAGCAAGCCUGGUGGAGGGUGGAAGAGUCUCAGGUGUGGAGGCAGCUUACAGGAUGGAGAGGGCAGUGAAGAAAGAGUUUCUGAUCUACGUGAGUACCUUGCUCUGGGCGGCACGUGAUCACCUCCCAGCUCAGAACCCUCCACCACCUCAUGGCCCAGCACCAAGGCCCGGGAUUGAUCAGAACUCUUACCAUGGAGACUCCAACCUGGCUAGAGAUGGAGGUGUAUUCUGUGGUAGACAUGUUAGGACAGACCUCCAGCCCUGUUCUCCUGAUGGUUCUGUGACAUCGGGUCUCUUGAGGGCAGUGGAGUGUCACACAGCUAAUAAAGCGCACAUUU